UUUCCUGUAGUUCAAUAAAAUCAUAAAGGGCAAAUUCGUGUACCAAGCCAGCAAGUCAGCAGCCAAUAAUACACCUGGCACUUAUUUCUCCAAGGUAACUCACAACACUAGGAAGAGCCAAGCUUGCAACACAUCCAUCCCACUAACACUCUGUUUGAAAAGUGCUACAUAAAUAAAAUCGGAUUGAUUCAUGAAGGUAUAUUGCAGCGCUCUGAGGCCAAGGACAUUGCACUGACGUUGACUGAGAGGGAAAUGAAGAAGUCCGGCUUGUCCUAGGAUACAAAAAGCAAGCCCGCAUUUUGUUAGUGAACCACCGACCCAUUGCAUCAGAGCUGCUGGAGUUCUGAAGUACAGUCGGGAGCCUGAAAGCUAUUGCCUGAACAUAAUAACGUCCCUUCUAGAGAUCCAGCAGCCAAGAAACUUUCCAAUAAAGUGUGGCUAUUGUGGAAAAAAUCCCUGCCCCUCACUGGAUUUAACAUGGAUUCAGGAUCCAAAGAUAGCUCCACGGUUCUGCUGCACCCAGCAUCAACAUCUGUUCCAGACGCUGGUGAAAAACAGAUUUUUGUUUGGGGCUGGAUGUGAGUGGAAUAUUUGUAAUCUGAUGACAGAGAAUGAUAAACCAGCAAAGGAAAGGAGAGGGAUGUUCUGUCAAAGCAAGAAGAUAGAAGAUCGCAAUAAGUUCACCACUGGCUUAAAAAGUGGAUUGGGAACACAAUUGGCUCUAAGAACUGGCAGCAAUCACACCAGUCACCACAUGGCAGAGACCAUAGCAAAGAUCCUUCAUUUCCGACUCUCUUGCCCUCCUUGGGAUGACUGCUGGAAAGUGCAUCUUGGCCACACAACUGAAAAGCCUUUGAUGGUAAAAGAAGACGAGCCAGUGUCCGAUGCUCAUUGGGAUCACAAUCCAACUCAGUUUGGUUUGUGCCAUUAUCAGGGAAGAGGAUUUCUGCAGAAGUUUUAUUCCAGUGGCUUGAAAUUCCUGAACACUUUCCCUGACGGCUCUGCUCAGGGUUACAACUAUCCUUCAGGCCUGUUGGCUGUCAUCAUUGUGGUCAUUAAACAGAAAGGCAGAGUCUGCAUUGUUUAUGAUGAUAUUGGUGCUCCUCAUCAGCCUGUCAGAGCUGUGUUCCAGUCUGAUGGCAGUGCAGCAUGUUACCACAACAGUGGGAGCAUAUGGCUGGCCCUGAACACAUCAGGUGGUCAGUGCUUGAAUGAUGCAGGGGCCAAAAUGUGCCAGUGGAGUUGGAGAAGCAGGAGUAAAACUUCCUUUCACCCUAUCUUCCUGAUGCUGAACCAAGCGAUUGGAGUACGAGUCCCUGGGAGCCAAAAGGUGUUCGUGUCCUUCUUAUCAAGAGGGCAGCAGUCAAAGUUCAGUGUGGGUCCCUGAUGUGUUCAGGAAGAAUAUAAAGCACCAAGUUCCAGAUCAUCCGAUUUAAAGGAGGUGUUACUGUUGAUAGCCCAUAUGAAAAUCUACCUGGCGAUACAGCAUCUUCACAGUUGCCUUGUAGCAACAUCCACACAUCAAUCUCCUGAGAUCAAGCUUACUCCACAUGUCUGUGUUGCUGCUCAAAGACUUGGAGAUGAAGAGAUGAGUGGUAGUGACAAAGCCUGUUUCCAUGGGUGCCUAAAGGAUUACUAAUGUAUGAUGGUUCAGUUUACAGUAGCCAGAAGGUCAGAUUCUGGCAGACAUUUGCAUCUCAAUUUAUUAGAAUGUCAUCAAUAUGUCGAGAUGCUCUUUCCAGGUGUGCAUUGCUACGGUCCUUUUUCUCAAACUCUAUUAAGAAGUUGACAAGAACACAGAAGAGUACAAUGGAAAUAAAUAAAAAUGAUACAACUUAAGUAUAUUAUAAACACAAAAUGUCAGGGCUUUCAAAUCAUAAAAAAACCCAAAAGUAAAGAAGUACAGAAUGUUAAAAAGAUGGUUUUAAGGCUUUUUUAUUCUUGUCAGUUGGGAAAAUAUAUAUGCUUCAUAUUCAAUGACAUUUGUCUUAUGAUUGGAGAACUUAAGACUAAUGAACGUAGAAUUUGGACAGUAGAGGUAGCAGGUUAAUAACAUAAGCGUUUAUAUUUGUGUCAUUGUCUUUGUAACCAAACAAGACAUUUUUUCAGCAUGAGGAAAAAUUAGGGAAAACAUAAUAGUUUGCCCCAAAGAUGUUUUGUAAAUGACCAACACCAGAAUAAAAGAACCAUUGUUUCCCUAUCGGCUUCACAAAACGCAGAAUUUACAUGAAAUCUCUUAAGGUACUGGAUAGUUGAAUGGAACCCAUGAAGCAUUUUUGAAGAAACUCCCUUUACUUUGUUGGUCAAAAAGAACCUUCAUGAGAGCCGAACUUUGUCCCAGCAGAUAUUUUCCACAAAACUGGACGCCUUACUCCUCUUUAGCUGUUAAGGCAUUGGGCGUUAAUAUGGUUAAUAAAAACACAGGUUAUGAUGGAGCCAGUCUGAAGCUGACAAUUAAAGUAGGAACCUGUAGCAAUCUAUCCUGCUGCUGUAGUUGAUCAUCACUAAAAAUAUUAUGCAAAACUACCAGAAAGAUAGACAUUGUACAGGGCUGUGCUGAAUACAUUUGCAUGGACCAGUCCUUGUUAUCAUUAUUGGUUUUGCCUUUAAUAAAGAAAGUUCAAAUAUU